CACUGAUAGGUGGAACUGACUGGCAUUGAUAGGUGGCACUGGCACUGAUGGGUGACACUGAAAGGCAGCUCAAAUGGGCACUGAUAUGUGGCAUUGAUGUGGAACUGAUGGGCACUGAAAUGUGGCACUGGCAGGUGGCACUGAUGUGCACAGAGCUGGCACUGAUGGACACUGACAGGUGGCGCUGCUGGGGCUACACUGAUCAUCAGUGCUCUGAUGAUCACUGUAAUUGGACACAGCUGAUCACAUGACCGAGCCGACAUCUUUGGCUCUUUCUGUAGAUCGGUGAUCCGCUGUGUCCGAGGGACACAGCGCACCGGCAAUUGCCGCGCUGCGCGCUCC